AGACGCGCUCGCACAAAUCAGAGGGAUAAAAUGGAAAAUCAGUGUGUGGUUCAGCUGGAGGCUGACUCUGUGGCGUGUACCAAGAUCCAAUCCCCGCACAAAGACAGGAGCAGCAGCUCCAGGCUGACCUGGACCCUGCUGACCAUCACACUGUGUCUGGCUGCAGCGGCGGCGGCUGUGCUCCUCGUCAGCAGGCAUGUGCAGCAAGAAGAAGCAGAUCACGGGCAGGACCCUGAAGGUCUUCAUCGUGCGUUGAGGCAAAUUUCUGAGAACGUACGAGCUGCCAUUCAUUUAGAAGGAGAAUACAACCCUGAGCUGGAAACCUCAGCUGAAUGGAUCAAACAGGCAGACCAGUAUCACUCUCAAGGAGACCUGAAACUCAACAACAAUGAAAUUGUGAUCCCUAAAAAUGGGCUCUACUUCGUUUACAGUCAGGCAUCUUUCCGAGUAAACUGCAGCAGUGAGGCUGACAGCACCUCGAAUCCCAUGGUGCACCUGAGCAACACUGUCCAGCGCUGGUCCAGUUCCUACGGCGAUGACGAUGUACCAAAAUCCUACCAACCGAUCCUACACUCUGUCCGCACUGUCUGCCAAAAGAAAAGCACGAGUGAGCAGGAUGAGGAGGGAAGUUGGUUCUCCGCAGUUUAUAUGGGAGCAGCAUUCAACCUGAAGCAAGGAGACAGGCUGAAGACAGUCAUAGAGAAGAACCUGCUGCCUGACCUGGACGAUGAGCCUGGAAAGACCUUCUUUGGUGUGUUUGCCUUGUGAGUGCAGGAAUCAGUGUUGGAGCCUGGAGCUGGUGCCUCUGAAUCCUGAAUACUAACUACAAACCUCAGACUGUGACAUCACUUACUUUGCACUUGUUAAAAUCAACUCUGGGAAACUCUACAAAACGCUCAAUAUUGACUUUUCACUUUGAUUUUAUGGAAAUGCUUCAUGGUGGUCAAGUAGUCAUUGUACAGGCUUUAAAAACAGAAGGUUUGUGGUUCAAGACCAUCUGUGGCCACUCUGCAUGUAAUGUGGUGUUGUGUCAGGAAAGGCAUCCAGCACAAAACGUGUGCCAGGCCACAUGCAGAUCCAUAUUGGAUCUAUUGUGGCUACCCCAAGCAUAAAAGGGAAAAGAUGAAUGAGCUUACAUAUUUUACUUUACAGAAAUGGAAACUGAGCUGCUGCAGCACAGUGCUGGAAAGGUCUCAGCUGCCUUAAGGAAGAGCUCAUAGUCAAACCAUGUCCGAGCUCUGGAGCCGUUACGUACCGUGUACGAUAACCUUGGUUAAGCACUCUGUGACAUGUUACAAAGAUUUAACACAUCCUCACAGAUUGUGCACAGUAG